AUGGCCGUCAUGACCUCGCAACAUCCAGAAGGAGUCGCAUUUGAGCAGAAGGCCCAGCCCGUUCCAUCAUCUGACAAGAUGGCUUUGGAUUUAGAAAUCAACGGAGACUCAACCCGAAAUGAGACCACCAUGAAUGACGCCCCUACUGAUCUACCUCUAAACGAAUCCGUAACCUCACCUUUACCUGCCGAUAAUGCUGCUGCCUUGGACAUCCCCGAAGUGAAUGGAUCGAGUAAUGUUGAUGCCUUUUCUUCAAACCAAACAAUCGGCGAAUCGACUAGCCACGCCGUCGAGUCACAGGCUACCGAAAUGUCUUCUAUUUCGGCGCUAGAAAUUCCUUCCUCCAAUACAACUACCGACGAGCAACUCCCAGCCUCGACCGAUUUCGUACAACCAGAUCUCUCCACGCAACCUGCCUCCGCCGAUUCUGCUAUAGACGCUGCGAUCGAGGACGUUGCAGCUGCCACUACAGUGCCAUUGGUUAUCGAAGCACCAGAGUCAGAUCUUCGACACACACUUUCGGUUCCUGUGGAGGUGGAAGUGGCGCAGCCAGCUGACCUCGAUCUUGAUCUGGACAGCACGCAGCUACCUACGCCUCAGCCAGAGAAGGAAGUUGACGUUAGUGGCGUCAGCGCAGACACAGCUCAUCUUACCUUGGAUCAAAGCGAGACUGUACCUGAAGAUACCUUACAGCCUGCCACACAACCACCUAUGAACGAAGAACAGGAGCCAAUCAAGCAAGCCGAGCAGGUCAUUUCUCCACAAACGACACAAGAACCCAUGACUAUCGAAAGAGACAUUACGCCACAAGCUCCAGCUUCUGCCAAGAUUGCUCGCGAGCGUGAAGACGACGACGAGAUCGAACCCUCCGCGAAGCGAACCAAAACCGAGGCAGAAUCAACCACCUCCGAUAUGGCUGCUCCAAGCCAGAAUGGUGCGAUGGAAGGCGUUGAGUUUCAUUCGACCGGAACACCAAUCACACCUCACGAAGUCAAGGAGCUCGUCAAGAUGGUCAAGGCUGCGGCUAGGUCAUUGGCUGGAAAGAACUUCAGAGCUCCAGUUGCAGAACUGUGGCCUAGCUUUGCUGAACCAUAUGCGGAGAAGAUCGCGAAGGAGGUUGACCUAAAGACCAUGGAGAAGGCUCUCAAUAAGGGUGGCUACACAUCAAUGGAGGCUUUCAAGGGCGACGUCCAGCUCAUCUACGACAAUGCUGUGACUUUCAACGGCCCCGAUCACACCAUCUCCAAGGCUGCUCUCGAGGUUCGUGAUGUUAUAUUAGGCAAGAUUGAUAAUAUGCCCCCUGAGCCAGUCCCUGCACCCAAGCGAGACAAGAAGGCCAAGAAGUCAACUCCUGCUCCCGAAGGGCCCCGUGCAGCAGCUCCUCGCCGUCAAUCCAAAGGCUCUCACCCAGCUCCAACCCACGUCGCACCUACGGCACAGACCUUUGCAGUCGACCCAGUUACAAAUACACCACUUAUCCGUCGAGAUUCCACGAAGGGUGAUGGUGGUCGUCCUAAGCGCGAGAUCCAUCCUCCCAAGAGCAAGGAUCUUGUGUACCCUACGACCAGACCGAAGAAUAAGAAGCUUGCAGCUGAGUUGAAGUUCUGCGAGGAGGUUUUGAGCGAAGUCAUGAAGCACAAAUAUUGGUCGAUUAAUCAUCCAUUCAUGAUCCCUGUAGAUCCGGUUGCCUUGGGUAUUCCCAACUACUUUGCCAUCAUCAAAAAGCCCAUAGACCUUGGAACAAUGUCUACUAAGCUCAAGGGCGGCCAGUACUCCAGUGCAAGCGAUUUUGAGAAGGAUAUGAGGCUGCUCUUCGCCAACUGCUACAAGUUCAAUCCAGCUGGCAACCCAGUCCAUGAACUUGGUAAGCAAUUCGAGAAUCUGUUCAACGAAGAAUGGGACAAGAAGGAUAGCUACCUUGCCGAACACUCGCCACCUGUUGCUAGCCCUAGUCUUCCCGAGUCAGAGGACGAUGAAGACGACGAGGAGGAGGAAGAGGCUCAAAACCAUAAGACUUCUUCUCUCAGCGCAGCUAAGGAGCUUCUUCUAGAACACCAACAGAAGUUGAUUGCCUUGAUGAGCGCCAAGAACAAGGAUGAAUUCGUCAUCUCCAUGCAGCAAGAGCUAGUAAAUACUGUUCAGAAGCGAGUCAGUGAAGAAGAGGAGGCAUCCAAGAAGAAGGUCAAGAAGACAAAGCCAGCAAAGGCUCCCAAGAAGGUUGCACCUCCUCCGAAGAAGGCUGGUGCUACCAAGAAGGCCGCCACCCAUCGUCCAAAGUACAUGGGAACCUUGGAGAAGGAAACAAUCUCUGCAGGCUUGAUGAAUCUACCUGACGAUGUCUCGAUGCAAGUAUUGGAAGACAUCAAGCGAGAGCGACCAGGCCUCGAUGCUGAAGAUGAUGGUACCUUGGAGCUUGACAUCGACUCGAUCAGUCAGAGCCUUCUCUGGAAGAUCCACGGACUGAUCAUGAAGCACGCACCAGAGGUUGAGGAUGCUAUUAGGAAGACAAUCCAAGGUCGCGAGAGCCCCAAAACUGCUGCCAAGCCGCCACCAAAGAAGAAGAACAAGCCAAUGAGCAGUGUUGAUCAGGAGCACCACAUCAAGGUUCUUGAGCAGAAGCUAGGCACCUAUCAGAGACAGAGCUCCGGCUCCCAUUCUCAAGAGCCUGUCUUGCCAACUGUUGAAGACGAUUCUAGUGGAGAUGAAUCUUCUGGUUCGGAGGAAGAAUAA